UUCCGUUUUUCCGCAAACAUGGUGUCUAUGUUGUCGUCUGUCAUGGCUUUUGUCGGCAGUUUGGUGUUGUUCUUGUUGCUGUCGUCAUUCCACGGUGUCUGUGAAGCGAACGAGGACAAAGUUAAUGAAUUUUUCCAAAGUGGACACACAAAUAACUGGGCUGUGCUUGUGGAUACAUCCCGGUUUUGGUUCAAUUAUCGUCAUGUGGCCAAUGUAUUAUCUAUUUAUCGAAGUGUAAAGCGAUUAGGAAUACCAGAUAGUCACAUUAUAUUGAUGGUUGCUGAUGAUAUGGCCUGUAAUGCUAGGAACCCUCAUCCUGGUACUGUAUUUAAUAAUGCUAACCAGCACAUAAACGUUUAUGGUGAUGAUGUUGAAGUGGAUUACCGUGGAUACGAGGUAACUGUGGAGAACUUUGUACGUGUCUUGACUGGCCGUCUUCCUCCCAGCACUCCGCGAUCCAAAAGACUGUUGUCUGAUGAGAGAAGCAAUAUUUUAGUCUACAUGACUGGACACGGAGGUGACGGAUUCUUGAAGUUCCAGGACUCUGAAGAAAUAUCCAAUGUAGAACUAGCUGAUGCCUUUGAACAGAUGUGGCAAAAGCGGAGGUACCAUGAAAUAUUUUUCAUGAUAGACACAUGCCAAGCUGAAUCAAUGUAUCAGAAGUUUUAUUCCCCCAAUAUUUUAGCUGUGGCCAGUAGCCAUGUUGGAGAAGAUUCACUCUCACAUCACGUUGACCCAGCUAUUGGUGUAUAUGUCAUUGAUCGCUACACAUACUAUGCUUUAGAGUUCCUCGAACAAGUCACACCAACUAGUAAAAAAACACUCGGACAAUUUUUGCGUGUUUGCCCUCAGAAGCAGUGCAUUUCCCGUGUGGGUGUCCGAACAGACCUGUUCAAACGAGACACAGAGAAGGUUCUACUCACAGACUUUUUUGGCAGUGUUCGCAAUGUGGAAUUACUGUCUGAUAUCGUGGAUUUAGAGAAAAUUAUUCCUGAGCAGAAAAAUGUAUCUUCUAGGUCCCAUGUGACAGAUGGACCAAAACCCCAAGAACGACUCACCUAUGUCAAUCAGUUUCCCGUAUGAUAAAGAAUAUAUUUAUACAUUUCAAA